CAAGGAAGAUUGUGCUAAAUCUUGAAGAAUCGCGAGGGAAAGACCAAGACGGAUCUAUCACUUACGCAAUUCCAAUGAGUCACACGCAGAAACAUCCGCCCAAUCGGUCGAACUCAAAUCAAUCACCAAGUUUGUGUUUCCUAAAAUAAGAGAGUUGGUUCUUCGAGUGCUACCUAAAUUGAAGGGUUUCUACUCUAAGGUGCAUACUACGGAAUGGCCAUCCUUGGAAAAAUUGCUGGUGAGUGAUUGCAGCAAGGUAGAGAAUUUGGCUAGGGAGUAUAUCAACUUCGGAGAAACACAAGGAAAGAGCCAACCUCUGAUCUCUGUUCAACAACCCCUGUUUUGGGUCACUGAGGAAGUAUUCCCCAAUUUAGAAGAAUUGCACGUGAUUCGGAACAACAAUAUGAAGGAGAUAUGGCAUGGAGCACUUCCAAACCUAUAUUUUCCCCAACUCAAAAGAAUGUGUGUUAUAUAUUGCCAAAUGUUAAAAGAAAUCACAGCUUCAGCAACUGAUGAAGUCAUGAAUGGCAUCGUUUUCUCCCAACUCAAGUCUUUAAAACUUGUUAGUCUUCCGAUCCUAUCAAGUUUCUGCUCAGGGAAGUAUACCUUAGUAUUUCCUUCCUUGGAAGAAGUAAUCAUCAGAUGGUGUCCGAAGAUGGAAUUUUUCACAAAGGGGAAGUUAAGCACACCGAUGCUGCAUGGACUACAAUCAACUAAAGGCAAAUAUGUAGGACACUGGGAAGGCGACCUUAAUGCUGUCAUUCAACAGUUGUUUGUAGAAAAGGUUUUCCUUGGCUUGGAGGAUUUGGAGCUAUCUUCAAUCAGCAUUCAGCGAGCAUGGAAACACAAGCUUCUGGCCACACAUUCUUAUGCCCAAAAUUUAAUAUGCUUGACUAUUAGGGGCUGUCAUAAUUUGAACUGCCUAUUCUCGUCCUCUAUGGUUAAAAGUUUUGUGCAUCUCAAGAAACUAACCGUCGAAAACUGUGAGAAUCUGGAAAAUGUGAUAUUUUUGGAAGGAUUAGCCAAAGAGGAAAUUAUGAACCAGAAGUUUCGUGUACUAGAAUUCCUAUUGCUCAAAGACCUUCCUAAACUGACUAGAUUAUGCCAUGGAAAUUACUUUGAAUUCCCUUUGUUGACAAGUCUUAAUAUAGAAAGUUGUCCUACACUAAGAACAUUCGUCUCCAGUGCAAAAGGAAUCAAUUCGGAGAUUCCCUCUCCGACUCUCUUCGAUCAAAAGGUGGCAUUCCCUUGCUUAGAUGAACUGACCAUCAUAGGUGUGGGAAACUGGAGAAAGAUAUGGCAGAAGCAGCCAACUAAUUGCCUGAGGAUUCAUUUUGCAAAUUACUAAUCUUCUG